CACUUUGAUAAACUCUCAGCGAGGAACAUUACCAGCUCAAAGCGGCAAAUGGAAAUGGAGAACCAGAUGGAAAGCCAGAGGAGAAGACAAGAUGGAAAAGAUGUUCUGAUUUCUGAAGGGACAGGGUCUUUGGGAUGUGUUGGAUGGUUUAUCGUCUUCCUCUCUGGACUCUUCAUGUUUCUUCUUUUUCCCUUCACAAUCUGGUUCUGUUUCAAGACCGUUCAGGAGUACGAGCGCGCUGUCAUCUUCAGGCUGGGUCGCAUUACAGACAGGAAACCCAAAGGACCAGGAAUCUUCUUUAUCCUGCCAUGCACUGACUCCCUGGUUAAAGUGGAUCUACGAACCGUUUCAUUUGACAUUCCACCUCAAGAGAUUCUAACCAAAGAUUCUGUCACCGUGAGUGUGGAUGGUGUGGUGUACUUCCGGGUCAGUGACCCCAUCGCUUCGGUGGCCAACGUGUCUAAUGCCGACUUUUCCACCCGACUGCUGGCUCAAACCACCCUCAGAAACGUCCUGGGUACCAAGAACCUCGCUGAGCUCUUGUCGGAUCGGGAAGGCAUUGCUCACAGCAUGCAGUCCAAUCUGGAUGAAGCCACAGACAACUGGGGAAUUAAGGUGGAACGAGUGGAGAUCAAAGAUGUCAAGCUUCCAUUUCAACUGCAAAGAGCCAUGGCUGCAGAAGCAGAGGCAGCACGAGAGGCCAGAGCAAAGGUGAUUGCAGCAGAGGGUGAGAUGAACGCAUCCCGCGCCCUAAAGGAGGCGUCCCUCGUCAUUGCAGAGUCUCCAUCAGCUCUGCAGCUUCGUUACUUGCAGACUCUCAACACCAUUGCAGCAGAGAAGAACUCCACCAUUAUCUUCCCAUUGCCCAUGGAUGUCAUAUCUCACUUUAUGCGGAAGUGAAGUUGCAAAGCCCAAAGUCUUCUUAAUGAGAUCUAAUCAUUGUACAUUUUAUGUCUACAUAAAAAGUUUCUUAAUUGUAUUAAAAUGGGUUGAACUUUUAUUACUGAGACAAAUCUAAAAUGCGUCAUGUUAUAUUUAAUUGUCCCCUUUUUAUUAUCUUGGUUAAAUAAUUUGGUUGAAUUCUUCCUUUUUAGACUUAAUAAAUAAUUUUGAAAUAUUGCAACUACAACACUUCUGUUACGUCUUUAAACUUGAAUCCAACUGCUCUCUGAAAAUACACAUUUUUUGUCAACUCAAUGGUUUUUGUCUCAAAUGUGAACAGAAAAAGCAAAGAAAAACCUAUGAAAAUUAAAAAAAUACAGAUACAUGUUUCUACUAAAAAAAUAUUGUAAAUGUUUAAAUAAGUGUCAAAUAAACCAAUGUAUAAUACUGAAGAUGAUUGUUGUGAAAUCUGGCUACACAGUACUUUGAUAUCUGUGACAUUUAGGAAGUAAAAUAGAAGGUAUAUAGUCUCAUGCCCCCUACUGAGGACCGUCAGAAGUUGCAGACACAUCUCAGUCGAGUCAAAGAAGAGGGGUUGAAGUUUAAAUGUUCAUUCCAAAAAACUGCAUGUAAUACAGUCUGAGCCAUUAAUGAAGAUCUACUAUUUCAUACAAAUGUUUAUACCUUCAAUUUUAUAUUUGUGGAGAAAUGUUGUACUUUUUUAACUUAGUAAGUAAUAUUGUUUUAUUUCCGUGUCUGAAGUAAAACAUUGACAAAAAAUAAAUAAAUCAUAUAAGUGGGAACAAGGAAGUGGAAGGUGCUUUACUGUUUUAGGAGAAUUGUGGGUGUGUGAAGCAGGGGGUGCAAUACCAUCAGAAAAAACAUUAGAGGGCACUAGUGAGGAAAUCUCUUACACAAAGAUGAAAAAACAUGUACUCUGUGCCAGUGAUAAAAUUACACACCAUUUUAAACUAUUCUAAAGAAAUGUCUUUAUGGGGACUAAAAACCUGGUCCCCACUAUGAAACUUGUCCUCAUACCAUGACUGUUUAAAAGGAUCGCUGUCCCCACAAUGUGACAAAUACGCACUUGCACACACAUACCCUUGAGUAACAGAAUUCUUGAGGCCUUGC